AUGUGCUUUUUGAACGUCCUUCGGCUGCACGUUUCGCAAAAUCAGCGCCAGAAACGACUGUACAAGCAGUACAUGGAACAGUUGGCCGGGGCGUACGUGGAGAAGUGCACAGACUUCACUCUGCGCUGGGAUUCCGGGGUUCCCGGGAUCGCCGGGGUCGCCGGGCCCGAGUGGAGCUAUCCCGACGUAGGAGCGUCGACCGGCGGUCUCUCCGACUCGGACAGCGGCAGAUAUUCCUCUCCCUGCUGCUCGGAAGUGAUCUUCAACGGAGGUCAGCAUUACGGCGGGAAGGGCCGCGCCUCGCCCAAAUUUGCAGUAUGCUAUCCUGGAAAUUUCGGGUAA